AUGUGGGUAUCCGAAAAACCAAAGACUCUUCCCAGGAGGCAGCUUCCCAUGGAGGCAGGAGAUGGUGCUAUUUACACUCCCGUUCUGCCUCCCGAGGAGCAGCAGGUGCUCGAUCGCCUCGACUUCAUCCUGAGCAACUUUGCGGAGCUGCGGCAGGAGGUGCAGGAGCUACGAAGCACCUUGCAGUGCUUAGCUGCCGAGAUCGUUGCUGAAAUCAAGUCCCAUCUAGAAGAAACGCAGAAAGUAACUCGCCGAAGGCGGUUCCCAUUUCCCAGAGAAAGAAGUGAUUCCACAGGCUCCAGUUCCAUUUAUUUCACAGCCAGCUCGGGAGCAGCCAAUACAGAUGAUGGUGAAAGUGAAGGAGGGUACACAACAGCCAAUGCUGAGUCUGAUUAUGACCGGGAGUCAGAGCAAGAGAGCGAGGAAGGGGAAGAUGAAGUGAGCUGUGAAACAGUGAGGACUGCACGAAGGGAUUCUCUAGAGCUGGUCAACGAGGAUGAUGUUCAUUUAAUCCCAGACUCUUCAGUGGAGGAAGGCAUGGGGCAGCUCCUGCAGCAGGCUGACCAGCUGCAUAACGGAGAUGAGCAGGAAAAGAGAGAAGGAUUCCAGCUGCUCCUUAAUAACAAACUGGUGUACGCAGACCAGAAAGAUUUUCUGUGGCGCCUGGCCCGAGCGUAUAGUGAUAUGUGUGAAAUCACAGAAGAUGCAGAGGAGAAGAAAUCGUAUGCAUCUGAUGGGAAGCAAGAAAUAGAAGCUGCCUUACAGAAAUGGGAUCAAAGUGCUGAGUACCACCAGUGGUAUGCUGUGCUCUGUGGGCAGUUAGCGGAACACGAGAGCAUUCAGAAGCGCAUUCAAGUUGGCUAUGUUUUUAAGGAACACAUUGAUAAAGCGAUUUCCCUGAAACCUGAUGAUCCGAAGUCUUACUACCUUUUGGGCAGGUGGUGUUACCAGGUUUCUCAUCUGGGAUGGCUUGAAAAAAAGACUGCUGCUGCUUUGUUUGAAGCCCCUCCUACAGCCACUGUACAAGAUGCACUGGAAAACUUUUUAAGGGUUGAGGAGUUGAGUCCAGGAUUUUCUAAGGCAGGAAGAGUGUACAUUGCCAAGUGUUACAGGGACCUGGGGAAUAACUCCGCAGCUCUCCUCUGGAUGAAUCGUGCUUCAGAGCUGCCAGUCAACACAAAGGAGGAUGCAGAAAGCAAGAAGGAACUUGAGGAGAUGCAGUUAAGCUGGGAAGAAUAAUGUGUAAGCUGGGAAGAACAAGUGCUCAUUCCCUUUGAUGCUACCUAGCCCCAUUAAAGGGAUUUGAUGAUCCUGACAAAGUUGAUUGCGAUUCGUGGAUAAACUGCAAGAGUUCACAAGCAAAAUGCACAGCAGUCUCCUCAGCAGUUCCAGGAAAAGAUCUUGCUGGGAUUUAAUCGGAUAAAUUGCCUGUCUGUUUCCCUCCUUACAGCACUGGAUAUGUUUGGUUUACAAAUGGGAUCAGCUAAUUAUGUUUGUUAGCUUCUGGUUAUCUGCUCCAUGAUUCUCAUUUCACAUUCUUUUAGUGUAAACUUCCAAAGAAUAUAUUGCACAAAUUCUACACAUUUAACAAACUAUCAGAAGGCUGCUAUUUGGGAAAUGCAGUCGUCAGUUUAUAGGAAAUGCUGAACUUCAGGUUAACUGAUUCCAAUAGGAGUCUUCCCCCAAGGUCUUUUUUUUUU